UGUGGGGCUCGGUGUGUCGGGGGUGGGGGGGCGGGGGGGCUCCGCUAUGGAGGCAAAUGGGAGCCAAGGCACCUCGGGCAGCGCCAACGACUCCCAGCACGACCCCGGUAAAAUGUUUAUCGGUGGACUGAGCUGGCAGACCUCACCAGAUAGCCUUAGAGACUACUUUAGCAAAUUUGGAGAAAUUAGAGAAUGUAUGGUCAUGAGAGAUCCCACUACGAAACGUUCCAGAGGCUUCGGUUUCGUCACGUUCGCAGACCCAGCAAGUGUAGAUAAAGUAUUAGGUCAGCCCCACCAUGAGUUAGAUUCCAAGACGAUUGACCCCAAAGUUGCAUUUCCUCGUCGAGCACAACCCAAGGUGGAAGAUGCAAUGCUGAUGUUUGAUAAAACCACCAACAGGCACAGAGGGUUUGGCUUUGUCACUUUUGAGAAUGAAGAUGUUGUGGAGAAAGUCUGUGAGAUUCAUUUCCAUGAAAUCAAUAAUAAAAUGGUAGAAUGUAAGAAAGCUCAGCCGAAGGAAGUCAUGUUCCCACCUGGGACAAGAGGCCGGGCCCGGGGGCUGCCUUACACCAUGGAUGCGUUCAUGCUUGGCAUGGGGAUGCUGGGCUACCCCAACUUUGUGGCAACCUAUGGCCGAGGCUACCCUGGAUUUGCUCCUAGCUAUGGCUAUCAGUUCCCAGGCUUCCCAGCAGCGGCUUAUGGACCAGUGGCGGCGGCAGCAGUGGCAGCAGCUCGAGGAUCAGUCCUGAAUAGCUACAGUGCUCAACCGAAUUUUGGCGCGCCCGCUUCCCCGGCAGGCUCCAACCCAGCGCGGCCCGGAGGCUUCCCGGGGGCCAACAGCCCAGGACCUGUCGCUGAUCUCUACGGCCCUGCCAGCCAGGACUCCGGAGUGGGGAAUUACAUAAGUGCGGCCAGCCCACAGCCCGGCUCCGGCUUCGGCCACGGCAUAGCCGGACCUUUGAUUGCAACGGCCUUUACAAAUGGAUACCACUGAGCGGGUGCUUUCGUUGCCAUCUCCCUCUGAGAGCAUACCUGGAUGUCCAGGCAAGACUGGGCGAAGUUUCUGAGCGGCCCUUUGUUUAGGUGAUAUCCUCAGACCUGGACCCUCACCAGCCUCACUCCUCAUCCCAACCAGAGAUGGCUCACUUCGGAUCGAGGGUUGACUACAUCUCUUCAUCUCACGAAUCUGCUGUAAUAUAAGACAACAGCUUUUAAAUGUGUAUAUAACCCAUGAUUUGGGUUUGGUUUUGUUUCUCUUGAUGGUCUCCCUUCCCCUGCUCUCUUCCCCUUCUCCUUUUAAAUCUCUUUGAAUCACAUUUGGUAGUGAUUUUGACUUAGUCCAGUAGGCACCUAGCUUUAAUAUCCAGUUAAAAGAUAACCAUAGUAUAAUUGUUAUAUUAAGGAGUUAUGUUUUUUCUUUAAAAAAAAUUUAUUUUGCUUGUUUUGAUUCUGUUCUCGCUUUUAAAGGAUGCUGAGAUGGUGAUGUUGUUCUCCAUAUUUUGGUAUCAAUUCUGAGACUGUAAUGAAUUUUCAGGUGGAACUUUAGCACACACUGAAGCGAAGUUGUGAAGUGCAGAGCAGGAGGUGGGCAUAAACUUUCUAUUUUGUGUUGUAGAGGAAGUGAGAUAUAGUAGGCUAAUUAACAGACUAGCAGUUCUUUUUUUGUGAUGUCUCUUUGUUAACCUAAGUAUCUCUAUUUUCGGGCAAUAAGGUAAGGACCACCAUGUUUUGAGUGUCCUCCUUUUCUAUAAGUGCUUUUUUUCUGUUGAAAGAGGUCAUAUUAUAAGGUUUUUUGAAAUUGUGAAUUCUAAAAACAAAAAAACAAAAAAAAAUAAGAGAGAGAAAUGUUGUAAAUACAAUUCCAUUAACUUCAUAGAAACUAUUAAGAAAGAGAGAAUCAAUAUUUUUGUGAGGGAGCCGGUCCCAGGCAGUUUGAUGCUCUGGAAGGAGGAGGGGAGGGAAUGCUGACAAAGUCGGGGACUGAGACUGAAGGACACCCAGCUGCCGGGACGAUCCCAGGACACGGUAGAGCACGGUGCCGCGCCCCGCCAGCACGGCUGACCCGAGAACUGCACUAGUACCCUACCAGCCUACCGACCUCUGGUCUGUGCACAGCUUCAGAUGUUACCGUCUAGCUAGAUUUUUAUUUAAAAUAUGAAAAACUGCUUUUCCCAAGAUGUUUUUUAAAAACAAAGCUACAAUUUUAAUAUUUAACAUAUUUAAAGUUUCAAAGCACACCUGUUUGGCUUGGGGGGGCAGGAAGGAGGACAUUCUUUCUCAGUCUUAAGUUUUAAAUAUUUGAUCAUUUUCUAUUGUCCAAUCAUUUCAGCACCUCCAAAGGUUUCUAGGACACUUUUGCCUCUCUCCUCCCCCUGCCACCCAUCCCAGCCCCAGAUGUGGAGACCCACGGGCCAGAAGUGGAUAAGCCUGCAUGAAUACAACCUUUUCUCCAUUCACUUUCUAUUUACAAAUUAGGAAAGCAGCCUUUUGGUUUAUAUAUUUUUUUUAAUACCUCAGUGCUGCAAGUAUCACCAGAGAGGCUAUGGAAGAUUUUUUUUUUAAUUUAUUGUAGAUGUAAACAGAAUUUUAAAAAUAAAAAGUAUAAACAUCACUGCACUGUGACUGGUGGGAAAAACUGACAGUUUCCUGUUUGCACAUGUUUAACAUUUGGCUGUUAUAAUAUAUGGUCCUCGGUUGGGGGAAGACACUUAUGAUGAAGGAUAUUUUUUAAUUUAACUUUUUUUAAAUAUUGGUAAUAGGUCGGCAACAGCAACUAUAGAAGUACAACUCAAUAGAUGGCAUUAAAACAUAUUGUAGUGUGGAUAUAUAUUUUUUUCUUUUUUUAAAAUGUGAUAUUGACGUUUUAUUAAUAUUUUUUAAAUUGUUACGUUUAUAAAUUUGGUACUUAAGGCACAGCCAGUAUGAGACACUGAAUGCGACAUUUAUUAUAAAGAGCUGCUGCACUCCUAUUUUUAUAAAUUUUACUAACAAAGUAGACUAAUGUAGACAUUCACAGACAUGGUAGGGUAAAAACAUCUUCAAGCUAAAGACUUCAAAAUGCUAACUCAGAAAGAAAGAAAAAAAGCCUUUUUCAAUUCUAAUUAAACAGCAACAACUUUUUUUUUUUUUUUUAAAGAAAAUCAUGUUCUUUGUUUUUCCAGUAAAAUGUUAGGUUGUUUGGUGAGAUUUGGGGGUUUUUUUCCUUUUGUUUUUUUUUAAUUAUCAAUUUCCAGACAACCAAGUCAAGUAAAAUGCUGGACGCUUUUAAAAUACCAGAAUUUGUUCGAGUCAUAAAGUAACAAAAUACAAGUCUUAUUUAAAAAUCAAAACAAAACAAAGGAAAAAGAGACAGUAAAUUCCCAGAAAUUCAGUGUCUAGCUAGGGGAUUUCAUUACUCUUUGGUCCAUGUUGGUGAUGUACUGUAUACCCCUUCUCUCUGCAUCCCAUCACCUCAUAGAAGACUCUUGGUUGAUCAUUGUCUGUUAAUAAUGUAUAAAAUGGCUAUCUUGUAAGCGUGCUGUCCUGGUACUAGUGUAGUGACUUUUUUUCUCCUCUUUCUUCUAGUACAUAUUGAUAGGUAUAACGUAAUUAAGGUUUAAAAAAAAUUAGACAUAGUUAUUCAGAUUUAGGACCAGUAAGGAUAGAACUUUCUCUUAUUUAUGAAAAGAAAAACAUGCUAAUAAUUUUGGGGCAGUUUUUUUCCUUUAAUUUUUUUUCUUUCAAUUUGAAGUUUGAUUUUAUUUUUGCUGAUCUGAUGUGGUUUCAACUAACCCAAGGUCUCACAAUGUUCAAAUGCCGGCCAACUCUGCGGCGUUUUGUAGACCCCCACCCCCCUCUCUGUGAAGGGGUGUGCCAUACUACCUUAAAUGCUAAUGCUAGAUAUGCAAAACUGGAUUUUUUUAAUUUAUUUUUUAAAAGAGGGAGGCAUGGUAUAUUAAAAUGAUUUUACUAAGAGAAAAAAAAUAUUUUUUUAAGAAUGCUCAGAAGAAAUUGAUAAUCUGUGUGAAUAUGUUUUAGAUGUUUAUAUACCUUUUGAAGAGACCCAGUAGCCCAUAGCACAAAUCUUGUGGAAAUCUGAUAUGUUUUAAUGUGGCUACCUAGGUUAAGGUUCACGUUAGUCCCCUCCACCUCAUCUAGAAGUCCAUUCUGAACAAUUUUUGUAAAUUCUUUUAGCACUGAUGUCCAGCCUUGUCUUUGUUUCAGUUAAGCUCAGUGGCGAACAUGGGAACCUCCUGUCGCCUUCCCUGGGGGAGACCCCUCUUGGGUGAUGGCUCUUCCCCGCCAUAUUGCAUCGCCUCCUGGGGACUCUCUGGCUUCGAGAUCUAUUUGCCUGAGACCCCGAACUCCUCUCCUCCCAAGCAGGGGAGAGUGAGUGGCCGUGGCUCCUGGGCCCGUGGCGGAGGUGGGACUGAGGGAGAUGACCAAGCCUGGGUCUCCUCUCCAGGAGCCUCCGCAGAGGUGGUUCGUGGCCUUCCUCACACCCAUUGGGAAAACCAAAUAGCCUCGCACUCCAUCCCAGUCGCCCAUUGGCUUGAUUCAAACGAAGCCGCAACAGGCCUUUGCGUUUUGAUCCUUCAUAACCAUCAUCUUAAUUUGAACUUGUAGCUUGGGCUUUAAGGUAGCAUGGCUCGAUUGCUGUCGACUUACUGUUUCACUGCACAGCAAUUCACAGCCAGUGAAUGUUACACACAUCUUGCUAGACUAGUAUAAAAAUCAUUGGGUAAUUGUUGGUUCUAAUGACCUGAAAGGUGUUCAGUUUUGGUUUUUGGUUUUGUUUUUGAGUUGGUUUUUUUUUCGGGGGGAGGGGUUCUUUUUUUGGUUCUUUUUCAUUUGGGGAUUUUGGAAAAAAUAAAUUUAUUUUUGGUUCCAAAUAGAAAAAAACAGAACCUAUUUUGAUCUUUUAGUGCAAAUGAGGGCUAGGGACUUAGCCUCCACCACCACAUGCUUCAUUCUGCCAUUCACUCACUGCAGCAUAUUCAAGACUAAAGCAAUAUAGUUUACUACAUUUUUUAUUGAAGGUCAGCCAUGCUUUCUGUAUUAUAUUGCAUAUGAAAUUGUUUACAAAAGAAACACUAAUUCAUACUUCUCUUUAUUGGUUGCAAGUGACACACAGGGACAGAGGGAGACUGGGGGGCGGGGAGGGGAGGGGAGAGACUUUUUUUUUCUUGAAUGUGCUUCAGCAGCAAGGGACUCUUCCAAGAAAGACAAAAGCCAGGGAGGCCACAGAGGGUAGGGAAAAGGGACAGGCUGCUGGAGAGCACAUUGAACAGAGACACUGGUGAGCUUCCCCACCCUCACCCUAGAGUGGAAGACAAGCAGACGUGAGCUCAGCUCAGGCCUGGGCACGGACACUACACAAAGCGAUGCUGGAAAGUUAAGCAAUACUUUAACUUUAAUACUGUCAUAUGUUUGUUUUCUUUUUCUUACUUUCCUUUAUUCUUUCACCAAAAAAAAAAAAAAAAGUAAACUAAAGUACAAAAGCAUAUAAAGAAACUCCCUUAAUCCAAA